UGCUGCCCAUCUCUGAGCCCCGUUAGACCAGGAUGAGGUGACUAGGACUGAUGGCAAUUCCCAGGGGAAAGUGCCUGCUGCUCUGCUCUGCCCUACCCUGAAAUACUUUGUCUCCUCCAGGCCGUUGCACCUGGUGUUGGUUCUCGGACUUUGGGAGGGUUACGGGCAUGUUUCUCCUGAGCUGUCUGGGUCUGGUGGUUGAGGGAUGCUGGCUAACACAGAGCCCAGGCAGGUGCAUGUGGGGCUUGUUUUAUUCUUUCUGGCUCCCUUGAAUUGCAUGGAAAAAGCUCCUUUGGCAUUGGGGGAGCCAGGGUUUCACCCAGAAUGUGUGCAGCCCUCUGUUCCCUGGUCGCCGGGCGUUGUCAGUUCCCUCACAAGAGCCUUUCCUUCUUCCCCAGUUUCAAUUACCUGUGUCCAGUGCAACUGGUACAGCCCCCGGCUCGCUCCCUUCCCCCUGGGUCGGUACACCAGACUGCGCACCCGUUCCUAAUGCCUUCCUGGCAUGGUGGUGCCUGGACUCACACGCAGUGCCCCACGCACGGCUGCACUGGAGCCGCACAGAUGGGUACAGUCAUCUCCUGUCUGCAAGGCUCAGAAGCGCGCAUGCUGCUCUGCAGCUGUAUCGCGUUGCAGACGCGUCUCCUGUUCCAUCCAUACUGGCGCAGGCACCGCGAGGGGGCUCAGUUCGCCUGCGUGGGCCUUUCCUGCCACCAGCCGCUACACCUGCAGGAGCGAUCUGAGUGCGAGGAGCAGCAGUGUAUGGAGCUGGGCUGGGGCGGGAGAGGAUGACAGACCAGACUGGCGUGAGCUGAUCAGCAUCUGAAAGCAGCUAGAACCUUUCCCUGGGCUUUUUUGCCUCAGUCACGUCUCAGGAAAAAAAGAUUUUCUUGUUUAAUUUGUUUGUAUUUUCAGCUUUUAGUUUCCUUGGAUGCAGCAGAGCCCCGGCUCCCUUGUCUUCCCUGUUCAUUCCUUCGUGGUGCCCACUCCUGCCCUGGUCCUUCCCGAUCAUCCCCUCUCCUGGUGAUGCCACUCCUCAGACUCGCUGGGCACCGGGCGGAGAAAGAGAAGGGUUGACCACUGCUCUGGCCCUGAAGCCCUGAACCACAAUGGCAGCUGGAGAGUCCCCCCCUGCUGAAGUAGUCGUCAUCAACCUGCAGCAGGGAGGCAAUGGGGCCAAGAGAGGCUUUGCGAGCGCUGAAGACGACGAGGACUUGGAUAAGACCUUGUCCAUCAAGAGGUUCGGGGACCUGAUAAGCAAGUCGGCAGCAAGAGACCUGGAGAAGCAGCAACGCAGCUACAAUGAAAGAGAUUUUGAAUUCCAUCGUCAGACCUCUCACCACAUCCACCACCCGCUUUCCACCCACCUGCCUCCUGCCCUCAAGUUCCCGAAGCGGCACCCCCGUGCCAGCCGGAGGAAGAGGAGGAAACGAAAGAAGAAGAAGACCUCGGUGCCCCCCUCGGAGGUCACCCCCACCAUCCAGGAGGUGGAUGAGGAGGGCACGGAGGCAGGGGAGGAGGAGGAAGAUGAGGAGGAGGACGGUGAAUCAGAGGCCGAGGAGGCCCUGGAGAAGGUGGCCUCCCCGGAGUUGGAGACAGAGGCCCCAGGGAAGGAGGCAUCUCCCAGGCUGGGGUCCUCUGGCAAGCCAAAGUUUACCAUCGGGAGUGACGAGGAUGACGCCUGCAGUGCCACGGCCAUGACGUGGUUCCACAUGGAUGAGGAGUGCGGUGUCCUGUCCCCUGGGCUGCGCCUCACCCACCUGCUUCAGGACCGGAGCCCAGCCUCGCUCCACAGCCUCCCGGGGCCCAGGGAGCGCCUGUCACGGGGCUGGGACAAGCGGAAGCCCUGGAGCCAGGUGAUGAGUGGGCAGCGCGUGAGCUAUGACCUGAAGGAGCGGAUGUGCAUCGGCAGCAUGACCACACUGGACAGUGCGGCCUAUCAGCGUGUGCCCACCGAUGAGGCUGAGGCCCAGAUGCUGGCAUCCGCCGACUUGGACGGCAUGAAAAGCCACCGCUUUGAAGACAACCCUGGUGUCAGGAGGCAUCUGGUGAAGAAACCAUCUCGGAACCAGAUCACUAGGACAAGCAAAAAGAUGGUGACAGCUCCAUCAGUCAAGAAAAAGAAGAAGAAGAAGAAGCUGGACCGGCAGCCCCAUGAGGUGUUUGUGGAACUGAACGAGCUGGUGGUGGACAAGAACCAGGAGAUGCACUGGAGGGAGACGGCGCGCUGGAUCAAGUUUGAGGAGGAUGUGGAGGAGGACACAGCACGAUGGGGGAAGCCCCAUGUGGCCUCCUUGUCCUUCCGCAGCCUGCUGGAGCUCAGGAAGACCAUUGCUCAUGGCGCCAUCCUCCUGGACCUGGAGCAGACGACGCUCCCGGGCAUCGCACACCUGGUGGUGGAGACCAUGAUCAUCUCAGACCAGAUCAAAGCUGAGGACAGGGCCAACGUGCUGCGGGCCCUGCUGCUGAAGCACAGCCACCCCAACGAUGAGAAGGAGGGCUUCUUCCCCCGGAACCACUCCAGCUCCAGCAUGAACUCAAUCGUGGGCAACCACCACCACAACCACAACCACAUGACCGACACCUGCAUGCCUCUGAUGGGCGAGGAGCGUAUUGAGAUGGCUGACCCCAAGCCCCAUGACACUGAGUGCAAGGAGAAAAACCUGCAUCUGCACAACUCCGAGGGGCACCGCGGGAAGUAUCUGAAGCUGAUGGAGAAGAUUCCUGAUGAUGCAGAGGCCACUGUGGUCCUUGUGGGCUGCGUGCAGUUCCUGGAGCAGCCCACCAUGGCUUUUGUCCGGCUGAACGAGGCCACUUUCCUGGAGUCUGUCCUGGAGGUCCCGAUCCCAGUCCGGUUCAUCUUUGUCCUGCUGGGGCCCAGCCAGGCCAACAUGGAUUACCACGAGAUCGGGCGCUCUAUCUCCACCCUUAUGUCCGACAAGCUCUUCCAUGAGGCUGCAUACCUGGCAGAUGACCGCCAGGACCUGCUCAACGCCAUCAAUGAGUUCCUGGACUGCAGCAUUGUCAUCCCGCCAUCGGAGGUGGAGGGCAAGGACCUGCUCCGCUCCAUCGCCACCUUUCAGAAGGAGCUGCUGAGGAAGAGGAAGGAGCGGGAGCAGAAGAAGUCCACAAAGGAGGGCAUUGCCCAGGAAGCCAAAGAGCUGUGCGAGGUGAAGGCUGAGGAGGAGGAGGAGGAGGCAGAGGACGACCCCUUGCGGCGGACCGGCAUUUUCUUUGGCGGCCUGGUGCGGGACAUCAAGCGCAGGUACCCCAAAUACCUCAGCGACAUCCGGGACGCCCUGCACAGCCAGUGUCUUGCGGCCGUUCUCUUCAUCUACUUUGCUGCUCUCUCUCCUGCCAUCACCUUCGGGGGACUCUUAGGCGAGAAGACGGAGGGUCUCAUGGGCGUCUCAGAGCUGAUCAUCUCCACCUCGGUCCUGGGUAUCCUGUUCUCCCUGCUUGGGGCCCAGCCCCUCCUUGUCAUCGGCUUUUCAGGACCACUCUUGGUGUUUGAAGAAGCAUUUUACAAGCACUGUAUACAGUGCAUACACUGUGCAGCCAUGCCAUGUCCAGUGCUGGGCUCCACGUUGCAGGAGAGAUGUGGACAGAUUGGAAAGAGUACAGUGAGGAGUGACAGUAGUCAUCAGGGGCCUGGGAUACAUAACUGUGAGGACAGGUUGAAAGAGCUAAAGUUCUGCCAGACCCAAGGCAUUGAGUACCUGACAGGCAGAGUGUGGAUUGGUCUGUGGCUCAUCGUCUUCAUCUUCAUCAUUGUGGCAGCUGAGGGCAGCUUCCUGGUGCGCUACAUCUCGCCCUUCACGCAGGAAAUCUUUGCCUUCCUCAUCUCCCUCAUCUUCAUCUACGAAACUUUCUACAAACUCUACAAGGUGUUUGCAGAGCACCCCCUGCUAAAGUUUUAUCCACCAAGCCUGCAAGGCAGCCUGAACACCAGCGCACCCUCUGCAGACGCCAUGACACUGGGAACCCGGAUGCAGCCCAAUACUGCCCUCCUCUCCCUCAUCCUCAUGCUGGGCACCUUCUUCAUUGCCUUCUUCAUGCGCAAGUUCAAGAACAGCCGCUUCUUGGGAGGGAAGGCUCGGCGCAUCAUUGGAGACUUUGGGAUCCCCAUCUCAAUCCUGGUCAUGGUGUUGGUGGACUACACCAUCACGGACACCUACACACAGAAGCUGAACGUCCCUGCCGGCCUCUCCGUCACAUCCCCCGACAAGCGCGGCUGGUUCAUCCACCCCUUGGGCAGCAGCCAGGCCUUCCCAAUGUGGAUGAUGUUUGCCUCGGCCAUUCCUGCACUUUUGGUCUUCAUCCUCAUUUUCAUGGAGACGCAGAUCACCACCCUGAUCGUCAGCAAGAAGGAGCGGAAGCUGCUCAAAGGCUCUGGCUUCCACCUGGACCUGCUGCUAAUUGGCACCAUGGGUGGGCUCUGCGCCCUGUUCGGGCUGCCCUGGCUGACGGCAGCCACUGUGCGCUCCAUCACCCAUGUCAAUGCCUUAACUGUCAUGAGCAAGGCCAUUGCACCUGGGGAGAAGCCCAAGAUCGAGGAGGUGAAGGAGCAGCGGGUCACGGGCGUACUCAUUGCCACCCUUGUUGGCUUGUCCAUCGUGAUGGGUAACGUGCUGCGGCAGAUCCCACUGGCCGUGCUCUUCGGGAUCUUCCUCUACAUGGGGGUCACAUCUCUCACUGGCAUCCAGCUCUACGAGCGGCUGCUCCUCAUCUUUAUGCCGUCUAAGCACCACCCUGAUCACAUCUACGUUGUCAAGGUGAAGACCUGGAGGAUGAACCUCUUCACCCUCAUCCAACUGGCCUGCAUUGUGCUGCUCUGGGUGGUGAAGUCGACCGUGGCCUCCUUGGCCUUCCCCUUCGUGCUGAUCAUGACAGUGCCCUUGCGACGCUUCGUGCUGCCCCGCUUCUUCCAGGAUAGGGAGCUCAAAGCUCUGGACUCGGAGGACGCAGAGCCAAACUUCGAUGAGGACGGCCGGGACGAGUACAACGAGCUGCACAUGCCUGUGUGAGCGGCUGCUGUGGUGCCUCUGCCCAUGCUGGGCUCUCUUCUGGACCCAGGGCUGUCUGGACAGGCCUCAGACUCAGCAAGUCAAGCAGCUUCUGGUCUGCAGCAAUGAACAGCUGUUCUAUGGCCUCUGCGGGGCACGGCCCAGCUGAUCCCAUGACACCCAUCACCUGCUCAGUGGAGGCACCGUCUCCCUCUUCCCAGAGCCAGCGGGGCCGGGAAGUGCCUCGCACCCAGAUGCUCCGUGGGACCCUGCGCUCCCUUGGCCCUGAGCUGGCCCCAGUCCUUGCCGGUGGCUGGGGGCUGCAUUCAGUGCAUGGGUUGGUUAAAGGGAGCCAUGCCACUACCUCCCAUUCACCUGCUUCAGAUGCCAGCCCAGGAUCCAGGCACUGUGGAGGGAGAGCCUGGCCAGGCCCCACCCUGGGAGGGGAGGGAAGUGUCUCCUGCAGUCACAGUGCCAGGCGAGUCUUGCCUGCAAAGGGCCGGCAGCCUCCUGGGGCCAGACUCUGAAGGCAGCCUCUUUGCUCAGCCUGACAGGUGCCCUGGUCCAGCACACCCUGCCAUGCCUUGCCCCAGGUGUUUGUGCUCCCCAUGGUCCUUUAGGCCUGGCUGCCCUGGCCCAGCUGUUGUUCCAAAUGCUACCCAAAAAGCUGCCCUCUGGCCCUCUUGAUGCAGUGGAGCCGGCCUGCAAUCACAUGAGCAAACCAGAGAGUACAGCACAGCUCUUGGGUGGGCAGCAGGUCACCAGCUGCCACAAGGAGACUCCCCCUCACACUUCACCAUGCCUGGGCAGCACUGGGUGACCCUGACCUCUUGGAUUUGUGCCCAGCCUGGUUUGCUCUGAGCCCCCAGUGCCUUUCUGCAGAACCAGGGGACUGUGGACCCUGGUCGGGGCUCUGGGGAUGGGGGUACCCUACACGCCUAUGCCCUGAGAGGAGCAGGCCCUUUCCCUGGGGUUGCACAGUGCUUCUGCUUUCCAGACCUGAAAACAGCUGGCAGCACCUCCAGCAAAUCCCUCCCUCAGCCUGCACCAUGUGUCUGAGGUAAGGGGCUGUCUGUCCCCAUCUGAAGUCACACUCAUCCCUGGUAACCAGGUGUGAUGUUACAGCUAAGGUUUGUGAUGUCAGAAGGGGACAGAGCAGGUGGGCAGUGCCCUUGGGGGGUAGGGCUGAGGGGAGUGUCCCCCCACCACCCUGGCAUUUUAUGCCCCCAUAGGCACCGGUCUCAACAGCCACCAACUGGGUUUGCUGAGGUGUUCAGGCCUUUCAGGACACGGAGGCCUCAGCCCCCUGACUGGAUCACUGUGGAUCCCUGACCCCUCCCUGCCUGGUGGGCAGUCUGGCUUGGAUCCUCCCCAGUGAUCAGGUCACUACAGACCUUCCUUCUGCUGCCCCCAGAGCUGGGUCACCCAUUAGCGGUGCCUGGUAGCUGGGGAAUGAGCAAUAGCCACCAGGAACCUGGUCUUCAGGCCUAUGGUGUGAGCCCAGGGCAGCCAUAUCUCUGUGCAGGGAAGCCAUGGGGGGUGUCUUGCUGUCCAGGCCUGGUUCCUGGCAUGGGUGGCUAGGGCCCCUGGCUCUCUGGCAGGCCCAGGCUGUAGCUGAAGAGAUGAUCUGUGAUGUGCUGUCAGCAUGUGGCUGGGGGCUAACCCUGGCAGGCAGGAGGCCCAAGACCAUGGGCUCCUGCUCUUUCUGGGGACAGGAGGGGAUGGUGCCCUUGCAGGGUAGGUGCCAGCCUGGGAUCCCUGUCUAUAGCAGUGCUUGGCCCUGGGACCCCAGUCUGCCCCUGGCUCUGCCCCGUUCCUGUCCGUCAGUGGGCACAGAUCCUUCCUUACCACCUAGGGCACUUGCUAGGCUUUGGAGUCACGUGUUGCACCUACAGAGCCUCAGAAAUACCCACCCAAAGAGAGAAACCCCUUUGGUGCCCACUGCCCUG